AUGGAAGCAGGACUACUAUUUUACCAAGGACGCAUUGUGGUCCCUGACGUAGGUAACCUCCAAACAGACCUAUUGCAAAUCUUCCAUGAUAGCCCCCUGGCUGGCCAUCCUGGCAGACAAUGGACCCUGGAAUUGGUGUCAAGGUACUACUACUGGCCAGGCAUCUGCGCCAACACAUACUGGCAUGUGGACUCCUGUGAGACCUGUCAACAAAUCCAGAAACCCAAGUAUGCAGCCAUUCCACCUCAACCCUUGGAACUUCCAACACAACCAUGGCAACACGUGUCUUAUGACAUGAUUGUAGAUUUGCCUAAAGAUGGAAGCAACAACUCUAUCCUAGUCAUUAUAGAUAGUUUCACCAAAUACGUGGUCCUGGUGGAAUGUUCAAAGAAGCUGAAAGCCCCUGAACUAGCGGACUUGUUCCUUUGGCACAUAUGGAAGCAAUACAGCAUGCCUGAGAAGACCAUCUCAGAUUGCAGAAGGGUCUUCAAUAAUAGAUUCCUCAAAGCCCUGUACCAGCACUUAGGAAUAGACCCUCACUUCUCCUCUGCCUACCACCCACAGAGCAAUGGACAGACCAAACAAGUGAAUCCCAUGGUCAAGCACUUCCUACAAGCCUAUUCCAGCAUCAACCAAAAGGACUGGGUGAAAUGGUCACCCAUGGCGGAAUUUGCAUACAAUAAUGCAGUCCACAGUUCCACAGGCAGAUCUCCCUUCAAGGCACUGUACAGAUGGGAACCAGCCCUCACCCCUAGCAACAUUCCCACCAAUGUACCUGAAGCAGACAAGCUGGCAAUGCAAAUGGAAGCACAAUGGCAGGAAAUAGAAGCAGUGCUCCAGCAAUCAAAGACAUGCAUGACUGCCAGAGAACCAGGAGAACCAGUUGAAUUCAAAAUUGGAGAGGAGGCCUGGCUAGACGCCAAAAACGUAAAGCUGAAGACCCUGAGUCCUAAGCUGACUGAACAAUGCCUAGGCCCCUUCAAGAUAACCAAGAAAAUCUCCAACUGCGCAUACUGCCUGGAGCUCCCACCAUCUAUGUGUCAUGCCCUAGAGGCGUGA